AUGCUGCGGUUCUCACUGCAAAAGUGUGUUGUAUGGAAGAAGUUCCUUCUCUUUUCCAUCUGUAUUGGAAGUAUAUAUUUGAUCGCACAUAGAUCCGAGGAUGUAAAUACUGAUCCACUAUCAUUUACCGUGAGCGUCCGUUCCCAUAACCUCCGUACCCACGUGGUUCCAAGCUCGCUAUACAACGCAUUCUAUCCCAAACACACCCACCCCAUUGUCUUGCUCAUCACCGCCUCCGAUCACGAUAUGUCAGAGGACGCAAAACUCAUAAUCUCCGUUGUCCAAUCCCUCCGCCUUACCAUCUACCCACUCAGUCCGGUGUCAUUCUCCUCCCAAAUUCACCGACUUACGGGCGCAAAAUAUUUUCGAAUGAUCAUAUUCGAAGACUUUUUGAUCUAUUUCAGCCUUCCCACCCUAGUCAAGUUGGCCCUUGACGAAUACUGCAAGAGAGAUCACGUGGCGGUCAUUGCUUUCUUUCUGAACGCCAAUACACUGCGAGGCAUUCCUACUAAUGAGCACUUUGCCGAGAUUGAUCCCUCUUAUCCACUGCUGCUCCGCAGUUUCAUGUCUUCGCCAUCGCCGAAAGGCUUCUUUCUGUCACGGGAAAGCGACGUACUCUUUGUUGCCCGCGGAGGUCAGGUGGAUGAGAGGGAUUUGAAUGACCAGCUACCGCCAUGUCGGGGUUGGCAGCGCCAUUCUUCGAGGUGCUUCUCACUGCGGCGUGACGGGUACCCUCAGCUGCUCUCCGAUGUCACCGCCUCCGUGCAACACUUUGUUUACCUCCUUCCCGACUUCAUCUCCGUCCUAGGCCGGAGUUGGGUCAGCGAGACGUCUGUUUGGAUGGAGUAUCAGAAGUGGCAACGGUCAUGGGCUGCUCUUGUACCCCGCAAUUCUAGUGACAUUGACUCCUUCCAGACUCUGGCUUUUACGCAAGUACCCUCGGGACAGGGUACGGAAUUGGAACGACGAAGCUGUGUUUCCCUAGACUACAAAGACAACCUUGAUGGAUGUGAUAAUGAGGCGGUUUAUCAGAGCUUAGUACUAAAAGAUAUCGGCAAAGUUGAUGGCAUUGAAAGGCUUCUUUUUGCCUUUCCGCCUUUGCAACAUUGGUCCACUUCACUCCUGCUUAGUGAUGCCAUUCACCAUUUCUUUAAGGACUCUUCCGUGCUUGAAUACGACAUUGGCCUCCAUCGGUACAUUCACGUUGACAUUGACGACGUAUUUGUGGCGCCGCGUGGAACUCGAAUGACUCCUGCUGACGUUGAGAACCUCAUUGAGACACAAAAUCGCUGGCGUCGCUUUAUGCCCGGUUUCACAUUCCAUAUGGGAUUUUCGGGAAUGUACUUUCUGCAUGGCAAUCCCAAGGAGCAGCUUGGUGAUGAGGCUCUUAUUCGGCAUCGGCAUCAAUUUAAGUGGUUUUGCCAUACCUAUUCGCAUUUACAACCCCACUUACUCUCGGAGUCAGAAUUGCUCAGACAGCUUAAAAUGAAUAAGAAGUUUGCUGAGGAGAAGGACUUACCCAUAGCAGAUGGGUAUGCUGUAGCUCCACAUCAUUCCGGUGUGUACCCUGUUAUUCCGUACCUCUAUACUGCGUGGAAGGAAAUAUGGAACAUAAACGUCACCACCACGGAGGGCUAUCCUAGGCUCUUCCCUCCACGCUUUCGUCGCGGCUUCCACUACCAAGGAGUCCAGGUACUGCCCAGACAGGUUUGUGGUGUCUACACUACCACAACACUUAUCAAAGACUAUCCCGGAGGUAUUGAGAAGUUAGAGGAAAUGGCUUUUGGUGGAGAGCUUUUCGACACCCUUCUUUUUAAUCCUGUAAAUUUGUACAUGACGCACUUCGGCAAUUACGCACAAGACCGCCUGGCACUGUACGUCUUUGAGAGGGCCUUUGCGUUUCUGCGUGGAUGGACUCGUUUGAAGGUUCAGUGGGCGCCGAUUUGGCGUUUGAUAGAUCACCACCUUUCUUUUAACCCAACGGAGCGAACACCCGCAUCCACUUCCUUACCGGUGUAUUCUGAUCCUUGCGCUGAACCGAGACACGAGGCGAUAUGGUUUCCAUCUGCCUGCACUCCCAACGAAAGGCGUCUUCCUGCGGCUGUCAUUGUGGGACCGCAGAAGACUGGCACGACCGCACUACUGGCUUUCAUGGCUAUGCAUCCAAAUCUACAGCCCAAUCGCUUUCUUUCACAUUCGCCCUAUGAAGAGGUGCAAUUCUUUAGCGACUCUGCGAUCUACAGUAAAGGUGUUUCCUUCUACAACAACCAAUUUUUAAGUCCAUCGACUGGUAUCAACUUUGAGAAGUCGGCCACUUAUUUUGACUCAUCACUAGCGGUGGUAAGAAUGGCUGCUCUUCUUCCCAAUGCCAAGAUCAUAGUGCUCCUUCGCGACCCCUUGCUACGUGCGCACUCUUGGUAUCAGCAUCAGCGAGCGCACCAAGUGUCUGCAUCACUGAAUUUCACCUUCGAUAAGGUGCUGCAGGCAAGUAGUUUGGACAAGGCUACUGCCAUUGCUACUGCCGCAUCGUCGUCAAAUGUCACCAAUCUCGCAGCCCAACUCUACCGACUGCACCUCAAAUGUAUUGAACCCAGCUCUUACGCUACACAUUUUCGCUAUUGGCUUCAGCGCUAUCGCGCCAGCCAUAUCCUUCUGGUUGAUGUUGAACGAUUCGAAUCUGACCCUGCCGAGGUAUUACACGACGUGCAGGAGUUCCUCAAUGUUUCUACCUUCAUAGACUACUCAAAACUGUUGGUGUGGAAUGCAAGAAAGGGCUAUUAUUGCGCACGGGGUGGACCCUACCCUAAGGCGGGACAGUUGUUGAAGCCUGAUGGAUCCAUGAAGGGUCAUUGGUGUCUGUCCGAGGGCAAAGGUCGCAAUUAUGACCAUUCUCUCAGUGGCAGUAAUUACUCUCUCCUCUUUGCUGACGCUAAUCGUGAAUUAGCCUCACUCAUUCUACGGUACCCAUUCUGGCGAUCGACGCGAUCGCAUUCAGCCACUGAUCUUUUGCCUAAAUGGUUACGCACCUUUUGA